UUUAGCUUCUGUGGUGGUGGGCGUGUGCGAACAGUUCGCUUCUAGCUGCAAGCUACAAUGACAAAUAACAUUAGUGACUAUCGUAAGCUAAUUUUUUUUCAUCGUCAGGCUGUUUCUUGGUAGCACAGACUCUGUCGAGAUUAACGCGAAAUUAAACCGUUUUGGCGAGUGUUUAGCCACAUAGAAAGCCCUAAAACGUUAUAGCGUUUUAGCUAGCUAGUAAUCUUUAAGUUACCAAUAAGACACACGAGACAAUUGACUUUAAUAAUAGAUAACGGUGAUUCAGCUUGCUAGCUAGAAAAAUAGCUAACUACAUCUUGAAAGCCUCAACACCCAAAACGUCACAUUCAUAAGGUCCAUACUUUGUUGUAUGUCGUUUUCGGAUCUCGCCAGUGUUUUAUUUAUUGCUGCGUUUUGAUCUACCAAGAUGUAUGGGAUGUCGGGAUGACAAGAAAAUGGCAAACGGGGUUGGAAAACACAAGCUACUUGUCAUUGGACCAAUAGAGCCAUGGUCAGUGAGGGAGAAGCUGUGUUUGGCCACAUCUGUCAUGAAGAGUGGAGACCAGAACUGGGUAUCUGUCAGUCGAGCCAUCAAGCCAUUUGCAGAACCCGGGAGACCACCUGACUGGUUCUCUCAAAAGCACUGUGCCUCCAAGUACUCUGAGCUCCUGGAAACAACAGAGGCCCCAAAGCGGAAACGUGGUGAGAAAAGUGAAGUGGUGGAGACAGUGGAGGACGUGAUAGUACGCAGACUGACAGCUGACAGGAUUGAUGAACUAAAAAGAUUGAUCAAAGAAACACAGGAGAAGCACAGGAAGCUGAAGAGAGAGACUGAACUGAUUCAAGCCGGACAUCUAGAUUCCAAACUAGAAGAGUUAUGGGAAGAGGUUCUUCAGAAGAAGAAACUGGAGGAACAAGAAACAGAGUUGAAAAGAAAAAACACAAUAGCCAGACAGGUGGCAAAGAACACACCUAAGCGAGUGCCAAGCAUCACCAUGCAUUCAGCCUCAGACUCCCCAAGCAAGGAGUUCUCACCAGGUGACCCACUUGAGUGCUUGACACUAGAUCUUGCAUCAACAAAAAAUGCUUCAGGAUCAGCCAGAUUAAUGUCAAUUGCUGAGUCUUCUGGACCUGGUAAUGACGACAUCAGCCUCGGGUCACUUCUGGAUGACCCCACCCAAAAGAAGAUUCUGGGCCAGAAAGCCACACCACCACCAUCUCCGCUCCUGUCAGAGUUAUUGAAGAAAGGCAAUAUCUUGGCCACAAAUUCCAGACUGAUUGGGGAGGGGGACGUGACCACCGGUAAUAUGACAGCAGCAAAUGACUUGCAGCUGGCUCUGCCUUGCCAACCUCUCUCUCAGGCAACAGGUGCCCCGAUGUUAUCCCGUCUCCUGGAGGCAAGUCCUACCAAGUUUUCUGCUCCGUUAGGUUUCAUGGUCAUUGCUGACUCAGCCUCCAGUGCUCCUCUCUCUGCUGCCACUCCUGUGCCUGUUGACUCUGCUGCAAGUACAGAGAUGGAUGUUAUGGUGCCAUCUUUGCCCCCUGGAUGCCAACCUGUCUCUGCAGAGGAUAAAGUGUCAGAGCUCAGUGAGGAGGAUGUGUCUGGGUCCUACCUGGGGGAUGAGCUGGACUUGAAGACAGUGGGGGACAUUAUUGCCAUCAUUGAGGACAAGGCAGAUGAGACUGUAGAGGCUUUGGAUGCAGCUGCAGUUGAGGCUGCGCUGUCACUGUGUGAGGAGAACGGCCAUGCUUUGUCUGGUGCUUGGGAGGCUGGGCCUUUCCAGCCCCAUGAAUCUCACCCCGCAGUGCCCACAGGGGACCCACAGUCCUUGUCUUUUCACUGUUGUCUGGAGGGGAAGACAGACUUGUUAGAAGUUCAGCGUGGGACUUCAGCUUCACUCUCCUCUGUUUGCGACACUCAAGAUAACGGUCUUGCAGCAUUCCCAAUGGGACUAAGGGGCCUUCCUCCCACCUCCUCAUCCUCACACAGCUCAAAGAGUUUGGAGCACUGCCACGCUGGAGCACCUCCACAACCUGAGGCCAUGAGAGAGACUGAAUUGUUGGCACACCAGAAAAGCCAAAUUUCAAGGGGUGUUACUAUAAAAUGUGAGAGUAAGAAGUGGACACAGCAAAGACCUGAAAAAGCUCAUGGAGACUCAGUGUUAGAAGAUAGCCCACUGACAGAAAGGCAUCCCAAGGAGAUGAAAGCGGAGGAUGGAAUAAGUGUUGGGGGAGGAGAGAAUGCCUCAGGGACUAAAUCGUACAAUGAGCUCAAUGGGCCAGAUGUGUGUGGAGAAGAAGACGGUGAUGGGGUGGAGGGAUUCUUGUCAGAGCCAGAUGGCGAGAUGGAGCUAGAACCCGCGGCCAGUGAGAGUGAGGAUGGAUACAGCCUCCACACGGCCUCCUCUUCUCUACAGCUCCACACAACCGCAGAGUCCAUCCCCAGCAGCCCUGCCUCUUCGCAGUUUUCUGUGUGCAGUGAGGACCUGGAAGCUCUACAAGCUCACAAGAUCUGGAAGAAAGCCAUUAUGCUGGUGUGGCGUGCAGCGGCCAAUCACAGGUAUGCAAAUGUCUUCCUGCAGCCGGUAACAGAUGAAAUUGCACCUGGGUACCACAGUAUUGUGCAGAGGCCCAUGGACCUUGCCGCCAUAAAAAAGAACAUUGAGACUGGUGUGAUUCGGACCACCGCUGAGUUCCAGAGGGACAUCAUGCUCAUGUUUCAGAAUGCGGUCAUGUACAACAGCCUGGAUCAUGAUGUGUACCACAUGGCUCUGGAGAUGCAGCGUGAUGUCCUGGAGCAGAUCCAGCAGUUUCUGGCUACCCAGCUAAUCAUGGAGACGUCAGAGUCUGGUAUCAGCGCCAAGAGCCUGAGGGGCCGUGAGAGCACACGCAAACAGGACUCUACUGACAAGGACAUUGUCUCCAUGUCCUCUCCUGCCUUCCUUCUUUCUCUUUUUGAUGGAGGCACCAGAGGGCGCCGUUGUGCCAUAGAAGCCGACCUCAAGAUGAAGAAAUGAACAAACAGUAUGUGGACAGGAUCCAAUAGUGUUGCUGGGUUGAAGUCAAAGGUGUGAAGCCACAAGACUGAAUUUAUGUCAGUUGCACCGAUUCUUACUGCAUAAAAUGCAGUAUAACCUUAUUUGCACUCUAAAUUAAAUGGGUAGACAGAGAUAUGGAGAAGCCUAUUUCCUCUGAGACAGCCAUACGGACAUGGAUUACAAACUGUGUAAUCCCAGAUUACAAUGAUGCAGAUCACUUAGGGUGAGCCCGUUCUGGAUUCCAUCAGGUUGUCUAAAUGAAGAUAAAAGUUAUUCUGAAAUUAAAACUGCGUGAGUUCUGGUUGAACUCCAGAAUAGAUGUGUGAUUUCGUGAAAACAUAUCAUGUUGGUGAUAUGUUAAACCAGAGGCCAAAGAGUGUGAUUAAUUUAGAAGUUGUAAAUGGUCAUACUCAUUUCAAACAGAAACAUUUUCAUUUUUUGUAUGGGAUCAUUUGAGUUUAGUUUUUUUAGUUUUCUAAUUUUAAAAACGUUCAGAUCAUGUUUAAAUAUGGCUGUAUUGUUUGAGCCUAAUUGAUUUCAUCUAGGCUAGACUUCCUGUGAACCGGUACCAACAUGCAUAUUCGUAGUCAAUUUCAGUAUUUCUGAGAAAACGUCAUAUUAUUAAACUGUUUGGUGGAAAUGUUUAAACAAUAAAUCUUCAUAAAACCACCAACCCA